GAAUGAGGCAGGUGUGUCUGGUCUGCGAUGGAGUGCACGUAAAGCGAUCAAGGCCCUGUGCUCAGAAUAGUCUUAAAAAGACAUGAACUAAGCACCCCUCACUCUCCUUUACAGCUCAUUCCUUGUUCUCUCUCCACUCACCAUGGCGGACCCCACCAACACGUCAUCCGCAACGACGGCGACGUUCUUGUCAGCCUUGGUCUUCAAUGGCGCUGUCGCAGGCGCUGAAAUUCUCGCAUUCACAUUCCUUCGUCCCUACUUCAAGCAAAUAUAUGAACCACGCACUCUAGUUCCAAUCGCCAGUCAACGUGUGAAACCGUUUGUCGCUGGAAUGUUCACCUGGCCUAUCGCUUUGCUCAAAGCGAACUACCAAGACAUCAUGCAAGUUAACGGUCCGGAUGCUUACUUCUUCGUCCGCUUUCUCCGCAUGAUGGUUCGCAUUCUCUUGCCAAUUUGGAUCAUUUCUUGGAUCGUCCUCCUCCCUACCACUUCGGCUGGCACUUUGAGCACAGGAAAAACAGGUCUUGACCGUUUCAUCUUUGGUAAUGUUCCAACUUCUCAACAAGACCGCUACGCCGCACACAUCAUUCUCGUCUGGAUAUUCACUUUUUGGAUAUUCUGGAAUAUCAGAUACGAAAUGCAAAAAUUCAUCACAGCCCGUCAAAUUUUCCUUAUCAGUCCUGAACACUCGUCCACAGUUCAGGCCAACACCAUUCUCGUCACUGGAAUUCCUGCCAAAUUUUUGUCUGAAAAAGCACUUAGCAAGAUGUACUCUCAUCUUCCUGGGGGCGUCAAGAAAAUUUGGAUCAACCGUGAUCUCAAGGAACUGCCUGAUAUCUAUGAUCGACGGCUUGCGGCUUCCGGGAAACUAGAGUCAGCUGAAACUGCGCUUAUAACUACCGCUGCAAAACUACGUGCUGAACAGCUCGAGAAAGACGCCAAAGCAGGCAAGGACACUUCCAUCGCCGAUACUACCGAUGCAGAACGCGACCUUUCUCUCGCCGAAAAACUUGUCCCGAAGAACAAGCGGCCUACGCAUCGACUCCCCGCUGGCUUUAUGCCUUUCUCUCUGCCCUUGAUCGGAAAGGAAGUUGACUCAAUUGACUGGGCACGGAAGGAAAUUGCGACAAUGACUGUUCUUCUUGAGAGAGACUCCAAUGAUCGUCCCUUACAGACUUACCCUCCUCUCUCAUCUGCCUUUGUGACAUUCAACCAGCAAAUUGCUGCCCAUCUUGCCGUUCGGGCUCUUACCCAUCAUGAACCAUACAGGAUGCACGACAAAUACGUUGAAGUUGCUCCUGAGGACGUUAUCUGGGGAAAUCUUGGCUUGAACCCGUACGAACAAAAGGCUAGGUUGGCGAUCAGUUAUGCGGCUACUGCGGGGUUGAUCAUUCUAUGGGCGCUCCCUGUCGCUUUUGUUGGUAUCAUCUCGAACAUUAAAGGCCUUUGUGUCCGCGCUGCUUGGCUGGCUUGGCUUUGCAAAAUUCCUUUGGAAGUUAAUGGUAUCAUUCAGGGUGUCUUGCCCCCAGUGUUGCUAGCGGUUCUUAUGAUGUUACUCCCUAUCAUAUUGCGUCUUCUCGGACGGUUCGAGGGCAUACCCACCAAAAAUGGUCUCGAACUCAGCCUUAUGACGCGAUUCUUCAUUUUCCAGGUUAUUCAUUCUUUCUUGAUUGUAACCCUUAGUUCGGGUAUUAUCGCUGCCUUGCCAGGUUUGUUGAAGAACCCCACUGGAAUCCCUAGCCUUCUUGCACAAUAUCUUCCCCAAGCAUCUACAUUCUUCUUGACAUACAUCCUUUUGCAGGGUCUCUCGGGAGUGGCCGGUGGAUUCCUCAACAUUGUAACACUAGCGCUGUACUAUGUGAAAUUGUUCAUCUUGGGAAGUACCCCUCGAUCGAUAUAUAAUAUCAAGUACGGCGCCCGAUCUGUUGCAUGGGGUACAUUGUUCCCGUCGAUGACUUUACUCGUUGUCAUUACUUUCGGUUACUCCAUCAUCUCGCCAAUCAUCAACGGCUUUGCCUGCGCAGCUUUCUUCCUUUUCUACCAACUUUACAAAUUCCUAUUCUUGUACCAAUUCACUCAGCCUACAACAAGCGAGACUGGCGGCCUCUUCUUCCCGAAAGCUAUACAACAUGUCUUCGUCGGGAUGUAUGUGCAGCAGUUAUGCCUCUGUGCAUUAUUCUUCCUCGCGCAGGAUGCAGACAAAAAGCAGAGUGCGGUCCCAGAAGGAGCGCUGAUGGUUGUUCUUAUUGUAUUCACCGCCGCCUUCCAUGCCAUCAUUAACAACUCCUUUGGCCCCUUGAUACAUGCCCUCCCACUCAGUCUCGCAGACAGGGCAUACAGGCAGCCCGAGCCCGCUACUACCACUGAAGACAAUGCCAACCAUAUGGACGCUGGACAACGGCCCAUCGACGAGAAAGCCGGCGGGAGCGGGAGCAACCCCACCUCCCCCACUUCGCCCACCAGCCCGGGGGGACAAUCCAAAUACGCCUCCUGGGCAUCUGGCGCUCCCAUCACCGGUGGAUCGUAUUCUCAAUACGUCCCUGGAGAACGCGUUGACUAUGGCUUUGCGCAUCCUGCUACGUCGCGCCCGCAGAGGGUCGUUUGGAUACCUCUCGAUGAUCUUGGAUUGGGCGCUGAGGCAGUUGAGGCGUGUCGUGAGGCGGGUGUUAUGGCGAGCACGGAGGGAGCGAUGCUUGACAGUAAGAGGAAAGUUGAGAUUACGGAGCCGCCUCCUGAUGAGGGGAGGGUGUAAGGGAGCGGAUAAACGAAAUGGUUCCUAAGUGAUGGCUUGUAUUUUUUUUUAUUUGUGAGGUGAGAGGUGAGGUGAGGUUUUUCAUUCACAUUCAAUGUUCCCAUAUACCCUUUUACGAUUGUUGUUCGUUUAUCUGUCUUCAACAACCAAAGUGCUGCGAUUUUUUACAUUUGUUUUUCAUAUACUCUUGAAACGCUCGCGAUUCAUCACUAGUAUUAAUGUAUUCACUGUUAUUGUAUAUACAUGCUCACUUUCGCAAGUCGAAGUCGCUUUUCUUGCUUCUUGAUUACUACGAUAGUUGAAUAACAACAGUGAUUUGCUUUGUAUUUUAUGGUGAAUUCUUCAGGAUUCAGGAUUUUAGAUUGAGUGCAUCUU